UCGUUCGUCGGUUGGAUUCAGAUCGGAUCGGAUUCAUCAUCAAUCGGGUUGGCAAAAAUGACGGUUACCUACGGAGUGGACAAGUGCCCGAAAAAGUUCGAUGAAUACCGCUGUACGGUGACGGAGAAAUACCGGGCCGUUGCUAAGGAACAGCUUAGGGAGGAUGACACUCUGAGGGAACAGGCUUUGGAAGGGAUGAGGGCCUGGAUUGCUAAACAUCCUUAUAUCAGACGUUGCCGAACGGAUUCCCUGUUCUUGUUGCGAUUCCUGAGACAGAGGAAGUUUUCAAUCCCUCUGGCCUGUGAAACACUGGAACGAUACCUGGCUAUGCGGCAAACUUUCCCGCACUGGUAUCAGAACCUGGACCCACAGGAUGCAGACAUGCAGGAAAUGAGCUUCAACGACGUUUUCCAAGCACUCGGAUUCGAUGAGCACGGACGUAUUCUGAUCCUGAUUAAAUCCCGAAACUUCAAUGUGGAAAAGUUCACCCUAGUCCACUUGGUGCGGUACCUGCACAUGUACAUGGAAAUCCUUUCGAGUGACGAACGCAUCCAAAUCGCCGGAAUCGUCCUCAUAGUGGACUGCUUCCAGACAACGAUGAUGCACUUUACCCUGUUCAAUCUGAGCGACAUGAAGAACAUGAUGCCGUACAUCAAUCAUCUGCUGCCGGUGCGCUGCAAGGAGAUCCACGUGCUGCGGCUGCCCAAGAUGAGCGUCACCCUGGUCGAUAUCCUGUUCACCUUCGUCAGUCCCAAGCUGAAGCAGCGAUUCUUCUUCCACAAAACGUUGAUCGACGCCAAGAAGUACCUGGACAAGAGCCUGCUGCCGUCCGAAUUCAACGGGACCAACGACUCGAUGGAGCUCUCGAAGCAGUUCCACCAGCAGGUUCAGGACUCCCGGGACGAGCUCAUUCUGCUGGAUCAGAUGGAAAUCGACGUUUCGGCCUAUUCGGCUCUCUGGAACCAAAACCACCCGUCGGCCAUCAACGGCAGCUGCGGAAAGGCCACCGAAAUCGAGUCCGGCAUGGUAGGCAGCUUCCGGAAGUUGAACAUCGAUUGAGCUUCGCUAGUAGCAAAGCAUUGAUUCGUAUUUUGGGUAGCAUCUUUACCGAUUCGCUGUAAAAUUAGCGUUAGGAAUCCGUUUGUCUACUUAGGUAUUCUGCAUAAUUUUGCCAAAAAACUCGUUUGUGUUCGGUUUUCAUUCGCUAUAUAUGUAAAAUAAAACAUUUUCAUCACUUAGUGUUUUUUUAGGUUCACGGCCAGAUUAGGUUGCGAAAUAGCAUUAACAUUUACAUAGGUUUGAAACUGGUCCUAACGGUGCAAAUAUUUAGGGUCAUGAUUAUUCAAUAGUUCAGAAAAACCAUUAGCUUAUUCAAACUCGUUCGCACAUUCAUAUGAUCAGAAUACUGGUCUGAACUUCCUUCCGAACAGGUUAUUUGUGGUUUAGUUUAGAAGAAAUUAGGCAAUCCAAACAGGAAAAUCAUGUUUAUAAAUAUUACUCAUCACUUUAUAACUCAUUUUU